CGCCACCUUUGAUCGCAUUCCUCCCUUGCUCUUCCUCCUUCCCUAUGGGGCGUGGCAAGCCUGCUGGCCUUCGUGUUGCUCGUAAACUCAGUAGUCAUCGCCAAACCCAAAAAUGGGCAGAUAAACAGUAUAAAAAAGCUCAUUCUGGCACUCGCUGGAAGGCAAAUCCUCUUGGUGGCGCUUCGCAUGCGAAAGGGAUUGUUCUUGAAAAGUGUGGUGUUGAAGCGAAACAGCCAAAUUCUGCUAUAAGAAAAUGCGUUCGCGUACAACUUUUAAAGAAUGGGAAGAAAAUUACCGCGUUCGUUCCUAAUGAUGGUUGCCUUUCCUUCAUUGAAGAAAAUGACGAGGUUUUGGUCGCUGGCUUCGGUCGGAAAGGUCACGCUGUCGGUGAUAUCCCUGGUGUAAGGUUCAAAGUUGUGAAAGUCGCGAAUGUUUCACUUCUCGCUCUGUACAAAGGAAAGAAAGAGAGGCCUAGGUCCUGA